CAGAAAGUAUUAGCAAGCUCUCUAGUCUUAAGUUAUUAGAUAUUUCUGGGAAUUCCUUCAGUGGAGUUGUCUAUGAAACACAUCUUCACAAACUCUCCAAAUUGGAACACCUUGAUUUAUCUUACAACUCUUUGACUUUGAAAUUGGCAAACAACUGGGUCCCUCCUUUUCAACUCCAACAUCUUGGUUUGAGAUCUUGCAUGAUAGGUCCACAAUUCCCUUCUUGGCUUCAAACACAGUCAAAUAUUUCACACAUUGAUUUAUCUUAUUCAGGAAUUUCUGAUACCAUUCCAACAUGGUAUUUCAAUACAAUUUCUAGUUUAAGAUAUUUGAAUUUAUCUUUCAAUCAGAUCGAGGGUACCUUGCCAAACAUUCCAUUGCCAUCGAAUCAUUCUCCUGUUGUUGAUCUAAGCUCCAACCAAUUCCAUGGACAUAUCCCACUAAAUUCCCUCUUCAAUGCAAAUAUGUUGAAUCUUUCUAAUAACACUCUUAAAGGAUUUGAUCCUCUCUUUUGCAACUCAUUACUUGAUCAUGGGACUCUAAAGAUUCUUGAUCUUUCUAAUAACCAACUAUUUGGAAACCUUCCGGAUUGUUGGUUUCGGCUACAAAAUUUGAUAUUUCUGAACUUGCACAACAACAGAUUGUUUGGAGUGAUCCCCAACUCAAUUUCUUCUCUAUAUCAAAUUCAAUUUCUUGAUUUGAGAAAAAAUAACUUUUCUGGGACUUUACCAUCAUCCAUGAUGAAUUGCACUCACUUGAUAUUUUUAGAUGUUGGAGAGAACAACUUGGAAGGGACUAUACCAAUGUGGAUUGGGGAAACACUAACAAUUUUGCUUAUCUUGCAACUCAAGUCUAAUAAUUUCCAUGGAUCAAUACCAUCAACUCUAUGUCAUCUUCAGUAUAUACAAAUAUUAGAUAUGUCCCAUAAUAAUAUACAUGGUCCUAUCCCAUCAUGUAUAAAUAAUUUCACAACUAUGGUCGAAUUAUCUGUAAUUUCUGAUUCCGUCGAUGCAGUAAUCUAUCAUAAUGACCUUCUCUCUUCACUUCGAUAUUUAAUUAAUGCAUUGGUAACUUGGAAAGGAAAGGAAUAUACAUUCCAAAAAUAUUUGGGAUUAUUGAGAAUCAUUGACCUUUCGAGUAAUAGAUUGAUUGGAGAUAUUCCCAUGGAGCUUACAAAUCUUGUGGAAUUAGUUCAAUUGAACUUGUCAAGGAAUAAUUUGAGUGGAUGCAUACCAGAGAAUAUUGGCAACUUAAGUAAACUAGAAGCACUUGAUUUCUCCCACAACAAUUUUACUGGCAAAAUUCCUAUUGGCUUGGGGGAAGUAUCUUUCUUGCAAUACUUGGACCUUUCGUAUAAUCAUUUGUCAGGAAGUAUCCCCACAGGUACUCAAUUACAAAGUUUCGAUGCUUCUUCAUAUGUUGGAAACGAUAAAUUAUGUGGACUUCCUCUUUUGAUCAAAUGCCCUGGAGAUCAUAAUCCAAUUUUAAAGGAGGAUGAUCCUCAUGAUUCAAAUUUUGAUGAUCAAAGAUGGUUUGACAUGUCAUGGUUUUACGUUGGACUCGAAGUUGGAAUUGCUCUUGGUUUUAUUGGAGUUUGUGGAGCUUUGUAUAGAAACUCAUUCUUAUUGGAUGCUUGCUUGUGUUUGGGGUGUUUUAAUCAAUUUGGAGAUUGGCUUUAUGUGGUGAUUAACAUUUGAAUUUCUAAAUUGAAGACAUACCUUCAAAGCUAGAUGAUUCCUUUUUGGAGAUCUCAUCUUGGAGAACUGGUAAUAAUUUUGUUGUAUAGU